AUGGCUGUCUGGGCAUCUCACGAGGCAGCGUCGCCAUGGCCGGGGACAUUUGAUGGCAACUGGUCGACAUGGGGGAUCACUCUUGGACGACCAGCGCAGAAAUUAUGGGCACUGCAUUCAUCAAGCGGUACAACCAUCCAACUACCCGUUUCUCCAUCCUGCAGCGAAACGGACCUCGUCUUCACACCUACAUACAGCCUCUCAGAACCAGUACAGCCGCCCACCAUCCUCAAAGCCUUCGAUGCGAAUUCCUCCGAGACUUGGGAAGCUGGAUCCAGAUGUGGCCAGGGGACCGAUCUCCUGAGCGAUGUGUUCCAAGAAGGACAUGUAUCCAGUAGGGAGCGCUACUUCAGACCUGCUCUAACGUUCCGCGCCCCCCUGGAGCGACUGAAUACCACCUAUGUCGAGGGACCUUAUGAGACGCCAGCUUUUAUCGGAGCAGGAGCGAUUGCUAAUACAUGGGAUGGGCAACGUGACUACGUCUGGGACAUCUUGCGUCGAGUACCCAAGUCUCUGUUCCAGAUGAUCCCAUUCCUGAGGUUCCAAACGUUUUUGCUCGGGAGGCGAUUGCCCGUCAAUUACGCCUAUACAGCUGGCGCAUGGUAUCGUAUGACUACCGCUGCUCCGGGAGCAACCCUCCUUGCCAAACGUUCAAACGACAAGAGUUUCCACUGA